CAGACCCCAUCCUCCGCACCCUCCAAGCGAAAGCUCGCCUCCGACGUUGCACCGACUUCCGACCCAUCAAGCAAGCGACUUAAACUAUUUCCACGGCCGAAGCACACUCUCAGUGGCUUCAAUUUUGGCGCGGCCGAUUUUGCCAUCGAUCAACCUCCAUCUCCACUUUUCUUCAGCAAUAGUCCUCGACUUCGCCCAGCGCUGCCGCCGCGCUUCUCCAGCGGCGAGGCGGCGGCAAGGAUGCUCAGCAAGGCGCGGAUGGAAGAGAGCCACGUUAAGACGGUGAGCUUGGCACGCGGCACAGUCAGUACACCUGGGGUUGGAGCAAUAGGGAUACCCACGAGCGCUCCAUACCCGAGGAGGAGCUUGGAGCGUGCAUUCACAACCCGGAGCUCUAGUCCUGACGGUAUGCUGAAUUCUAUAGGCAUUGUGGAAUUAUUGGAGCAAGACGAGCGACCUACAUUUAUCGUAGAUCUGGGCGACAGCACAAAUUAUGGACCUGGACCUCUUCACCCCGUAUUUUUGAACCAGUCCUUGAAGGGCUACGAUGGCAUGCUGGGCAUCAUUUCAGGCACCUCACCCGGAAACGAUUCACCUGGCGUGAAGACCUUUCUACAGUUCAAGGCGUGGAUGCUGAGUGCGACUGUCAACGGCGAGAGCUUGAAUAUGUGCAAUCUCAUCAUGGCAUCGCCUCAUCCAGCUGCGAUGUACUGGGGCGAGGACUACAUAGCCAUCUACAACGAAGCCUACAUCGUUCUGGCGGGAUCUAAACAUCCUGAGUUGAUGGGCCAGAGCUACCGCAGCGCGUGGACCGAGAUCUGGGACGAAGUCAAAGACGUAUUUGCCUCCGCGAAGGUAACAGGUGAGGCGACCAUGAAAGACGACGAUUGUCUAUUCAUCCGCCGUAGUAAUGCGCUAGAGGAGACGUAUUUUUCCUGGUCCAUCAUUCCAAUGGUUGGACGCGACGGCAGUGUCGUCGGUCUCUACAAUCCAGCAUUCGAAAAGACUCGCCGUAAGAUUGCUGAGCGGAGAAUGUUGACAUUGAGAGAAGUGGGCGAGAGAACUGCAUCCGCGAGAGACGUGAAAGGGUUUUGGGCGCAAGUUCUCGGCUCGUUCGAGUUCAACGAGUACGACAGCCCGUUUCUGCUGCUCUACUCUGUCACGGAUGAGAAUGACAGCGAUACGAGUAGUAUGCAUUCCAACUCGAUCCUCGCAUCGAGGCAGUGUAUGCUUGAGGGCUCACUCGGGUUCCCGGAGGACCAUCAGGCGACGCCGAGUCAGAUCGAUCUCAAAACUGGAAUGGAGGGGUUCGGACCGGUGUUCAGGGAGGUGAUGAAGACGGACAAGCCGGUGCUACUAGAGGUCGGAAGUCGAGAUCUGCCCGAAAGUCUGCUGGAAGGGCUUGAGAAUCGAGGUUUUGGCGAUCCUGUGAGAGCGGUGGUCGUCUGCCCGAUUCAUCCUACAACAGGUGAGGCGGUCCUGGGAUUCCUGGUGAUGGGCGUCAACCCGAGACGACCUUACGAUGAUGACUACAGCUUGUUCGUACAGCUAUUGAGUCGUCAGCUUGGGACCUCGCUCGCGUCCGUUGUCCUUUUCGAGGAGGAAAUUCGCAGAGGGCAAAGAGCGGCCAAGCUGGCGGCAAUGGAUCGCAUCGAGCUCUCCGAGCAACUGGCUGCCCGGACUCAGGAAGCUAUCGAGAGCGAGACCAAAUUCACCCGCAUGGCAGAGUUCGCGCCCGUUGGAAUGUUCAUUGCAGGCAGCGACGGCAAGAUAACGUUCGCCAACGACACGUGGUAUGACAUUUCUCGGGUGCCGAAGAACUCCGACAUGGCGGACACCUGGAUGCAGGCGGUGAAGCCCGACGAUCAACCCAUUGUGGAGCAGCUAUGGAGAGAUCUUGCGGUCAACACGAAAGCGGUUUCCAGCGAAUUCCGCUUCAAAGCGCAAUGGCACGAUCGGAAUGGCAGCAGCGGCGACACUUGGGUAUUGUUUUCUGGAUACCCAGAACGCUAUGAUGAUGGACGUUUGAAGAGUAUUUUCGGCAGUAUAACAGAUAUCAGCCAGCAGAAAUGGGCUGAAGGCAUUCAGACAAGGAAAAUGGAGGAAGCAGUGGAAUUGAAGAGGCAGCAGGAGAACUUCAUCGACAUGACCUCUCACGAAAUGAGGAACCCGUUAUCGGCGAUCUUGCAAUGCUCGGAUGAGAUUGCCACUUCACUGGCACGGUUCAGACAGGAUGGCAGCAAAGACAUGCCCGAUGAUCUGCUGGCGAGCUGUUUGGACGCCGCACAGACGAUCAGCUUGUGCAGUCAACAUCAGAAGCGGAUCGUGGACGACAUUUUGACACUGAGCAAGCUCGACUCGCAACUCCUGCUCGUCACACCUGUGGAUGCGCAACCCCUGACAGUCGUGCAGCGCGCUUUGAAGAUGCACGAAGGCGAACUUCAAGCUGCCGACAUUCAGAUGAAGUUCGUUGUCGACCAAUCCUUCCGCACUCUCGACCUAGACUGGGUACGAUUCGAUCCAAGCCGUGUCUUGCAGGUCCUGAUCAACCUGACCACCAAUGCCAUCAAAUUCACCGGCACCGAGAGUAAACGGACCAUCACCGUCACCAUCGCCGCUUCCAGUCAACGGCCCGACAACAGUGGUCCCGUCAAGUACUUCCCUACUCGCAAGAAGAACAAGGACACAAUGAGCGAGCAGGAAUGGGGCGACGGUGAGAAGGUUUUCAUCCAUUUCUCCGUACGCGACACUGGAAGGGGCCUCAGCUCAGAGGAGAAGAAGCUACUUUUCAUUCGUUUCUCACAGGCUUCGCCUCGCACACACGUGCAAUACGGUGGUUCGGGCUUGGGACUCUUCAUCAGUCGCGAGUUGACCGAACUCCAAGGCGGCGAGAUCGGCGUCGAGAGCGAAGCAGGCAAAGGAUCCGUCUUCGCCUUUUACGUGGCCGCGCGCAAAAUUCCGCCACCACAGGAGAACGACUCCGCGACAGCCGCGUCUGGUAUAAAAGCACUGCAAAACGCGGCUUCGCGCGGUAAAUCCGCGUCUGCGAGUCAAGCGAGCCAGCUUACCGGCACCGGCACGGUGACCUCCACACCUCGCGCUGAGCAAGUCCGCCAGGCUCUCAAGCCCAAAGACCUUGUCAAGCGCGUGCUCAUCGUAGAAGACAAUCUGGUCAAUCAACGUGUGCUGCAGAAACAGCUCAAGAACAUCGGCACGGAAGUCCACCUCGCUAAUCACGGCGGUGAAGCUCUCGAAAAACUCAUGAAGUCGACGUACUGGCGUGGCGGAAAGGGCGAACGGCUAGAGUUGGGCGUUGUGCUGAUGGAUCAGGAGAUGCCGGUCAUGGAUGGCCUGACGUGUACGAGGAAGAUCCGCGAAUUGGAAAAGGAAGGCAAGUUGACGGGUCAUGUGCCGAUCAUUGCGGUUACGGCGAAUGCGAGGGCGGAACAGGUCCAGACGGCGCUGGAUGCUGGGAUGGACGACGUCGUCUCGAAGCCUUUCCGCAUUCCAGAGCUGGUGCCUAAGAUCGAGGAGUUGAUGGCUUUGUACCCGAUGCCGCCAGCGUGAGACCGCCGUGGAUUGGCACGAGGAGGUGACCUUAUGCUUUAUUCGCGACAUGAUUACUUGAUGCCUGGAGCCAAGUCGACGGAAGAGAGAGUAGAACACUGUUAAGGCCUGGACACUGCGGUCCGAGGCCCGGCUCGUGCCAUCUGCGAAAGACCAGCGAGUUGUUGGUAAGAGAUGGGGAGCGAAGCUGGGUG